AUGGCCGCGGUGGGCCUCGCCAACAUUCUGGAAGACAGCCCGGAGAGCGUGGCGAAGGUCUUUCUCGAGAUCCCAGAUCUGCCGAGGAGGCUCGCCUUUCUGCUUACGAACAAGAAGCAGCCCCUGGAGACCAGCACUCGGCGGCACCUGACGCGAGCGAUUGCGUUACUCGCUUCCCGAGAGGCCUCACGCGUCUCAGUGAAGGAGUCUGGCGCUCCGGAGGCGCUUCUGGCUUUGACGGACCAGGGUGGCCUCGCGAUGGAGGCUUCCCGGGGCCUUUUGAACCUCGCGCCCGUGGCAAAAGACCGCGACAAGUUGCUCAAAAAGGGCAUCUUGCCGAAGCUGGUGACGCUUCUCCGGUCUCCCGAGGCCCGGGAUGUGGCCGCUGGUGCCUUGGCGAAUUUCACUGCCGGCUCCAAGGCGGCAGCGGUGGAAGCAGCACGGCUCGGUGCUCUCAGCCUACUCGCAUCGCAGCUGAAGCAGGCAUGCGAUUCGCGAGACGAGAACAUGACAUACGAGGUCCUGGGCUUUGCUGAAAAUGACGCCCCAGUCUGGAUCCUGGCGGCUAUUGCGCACAUUGUGGACCUCGUAGACACUCCUGGAGCACGCCGCGACGCAGGUGCAGCUGUUCCAUGUAUGUGCCUGCUGACUUGCCAGGGUGAGGGCAGUGUGAAGGAGCUGGGUAUCUUCGCCUUGGGUGCAAUGGCCAAGAGCCCGGAACUGCUGCGCCCCACGGUGGCUGACUGGCCUGGGCUUCGCGAGGCCUGUGCGGCGAUGUCAUCACCGUUGCUGGAUCGUGCCAAGCUGGUGCAGCGCUGCAUACCAGUUUACUAG